AUGCUCGCUCUUCCCCUCACAUCAUCCUUCUCCCUUUCCUCCGUGCCAUGGGACUACGUCUCAGGCUGUUCAAACUGUUCGUCAUCUCAAGGUCCGGCUGUCGCCUGGCAUACCCUCUCCCCGCUCAACACCUCGUCUCUCCUCGUCUUCGGCGGCGACCUCGGCCCGAACUCGCUCAUCACCCAGCCCGAACAGUCGGACACCGCCGCUCUCGUCAACAUCGCGAGCAUCACGAAGCCCGUAUGGAGCACUGAGGUAAGUCUGAUUUCGGCAAACUAUCGCUUCCAUCUCACCGGGCAAGAGGCGAUCUUGGAUCAGUUCGCACCCUGUCCUGUGGCCUCCUCUGACUUACAGCACCGAAGCAACUCUCGCAACACUUGCAAGUUGUCUCAUUGCCGCUGCGCAAGACUCGUCUCUCAUCGGGUCGUCGUCUAGCAAUGCUUCACACCCUCGCAAGCUA